AUGGCGCUGAACAGCCGCAGCGUCUUGCGGCUGUCGGCUCUUGCGGCUAUUCUCUGCGCUAUCAUUCUGCCGCAUCCUGCUACCGCGGGAGGCCUGGAGCGGAGGCCCGUGUACAACAUCGCCCACAUGACAAACACGAUUGCCCAAGUGGACGAAGCCAUGGAGCUGGGAGCCAACUCCAUCGAAUCUGAUGUCACUUUCACUUUUAACGGCACCGCGGCCUGGUUUUACCAUGGAGUACCGUGCGACUGCUUUCGAAAGUGCAGUCGUCAUCAAGAAGUGCCCGUUCUUCUGGACUACAUCCGGACGACGACGUCUACCAGCGGGGCCGUAUACAGCCAGCGCCUGGUCCUCCUCUUCUUGGAUCUCAAGGUUAAGAAAGUGCAUCCAAUACACAUGUACCACGCGGGCGUUGACAUCGCCGAGAAACUUGUGAAGCAUCUAUGGCGUGGAGGUGUAGAUAUCAGCAGCAGCAACGAACGUCUGGGCGCUAUACGGAACUUGUACCUGCAACUCGGCAUGCUGGGUCACCGUUGGCAAGGAGACGGCACCACGAACUGCAUCUCGUUCAUGCGGUCGGCUUCGAAGCUGCAAAGAAUCAUCGAUAACCGCGAGCUGAACCACUACGUCGAAAAGGUUUACCAGUGGACCGUCGACAAUAGAUGGAAACUGCGACGUUCGCUCAGGAAAGGCGUGGACGCCAUUAUCACCAACAGACCGGACCGCCUCGCCACCAUUUUGAAGGAAGAUGAGUUCCGGGGCAUGGUCCGACCCGCCACCAUUCACGACAAUCCCUGGACUCGUUUCGGUGACCAAUCUCCAGCUCCAGGGCCACCCCUCGUGGACGUGGAUGUUGAGGGUCACAGAUGAAAUAAAAUACAGUGUUCUAGUC